AUGAAUGAAUGUAUUAGCAUUAAAAGUUUAGAUAAAAUACUUUAGUAAAGGCAACCUUAAAAAUAGAAUUCGUAUACUCCUUAAAGUUUGUUAACACCAAAUACAUCUCCAAAUUCAAGAUUAAGAGUAUUGAGUCCAACUAAUAAACUAGAUUCCACAGAUAAAUUAUAUAGAACUUCAAAUAGUAUUAAAUACUUUUAACACAUGAAUAAAAGGGAUAUUUUGUAAAAGAAAAUGAAUCUAUUAACAGCAAAACUAAAAACAAAUAAAACUGAAGUCAUUAAAGAAGAUAAUGUAUUUAGUGACAGAUUACUUAUAACGAGUUUUGAAAAUUUUGUUAAUGAAACUGAUCAAAAAUUAUAAAAAUUAUGUUAUUGGAUUGGUAAAUCACCACAAAAUAAUUAAAAUUUACAACCAAUAAUAGUGAAUAAUGAAGAACAAAUAGAAAAUUUUGAAUAGAAAAUCAUUAAGUAUUAUCUAUUAUAAAUAUAGAACUAAAAAAAAUUUAUAAGAGUAGAGAUAAUAACUAAAAUAUGCUAAGCAAAAAUAUUAAUCUAAUAAAUAAUAAUUACAACAAUUGAAAUUUGAAUUAGAUCAAUUGAAUGAAGAUUAAAAAAUACUUGAAAUCAGUACUAAUAAUAGAUCUUUAAAAGAUGAAAUAGUUUAUAAUAGAUAGAGUAUUCUUAAACACAAAUAAAUACUAUUAACAGUCGAUUAAUUCAUCAAUAAAUACUUGAAGGAAUAAUUGCUGAAUUAAAAUUGUUAAAUUGGAGAAUAUAUUAAUAAAUUCAAUGACAUUUAUAUGUAAAUGCAAAUAACACUUGAUUAAUAAAUCUGA